CCUUUCUUUCCACCGUCGCCGUCGGCCGACUUCGCUUCCCCUCCGCUGCUGCCCUGGGUGGAGCUUCGCACUCGCUCCGAGGUGAAUCAGGCGCCGGGAGCGCCGGGGGUGGGGACGCCGAACGCCGCCAGCCCCACAGCCUUUGAGCGCGGCAGCAGCAGCGGCCAGCCCCCACCUGUCCAGCAGGAGUAGCCGCCGGCCGGCCCCGAGACCCCGGGAAGAGGCUUCUGCUGUCAUGGCUCGCCGGUCGCAAAGCUCCUCCCAAGGGGACAACCCUCUGGAUCCCAAUUACCUGCCGCCCCACUACAAGGAGUACUACCGCCUGGCGCUGGACUUGCUGGCGGAGAAAGGCAAGGAGAGCUACCACCGGUUCCUGGUGGAGGAGGCGGCCCCGGACUUCCUCUGCCCCUCGGAGGUUGAGCACAUCACUCAGCACCUGCAGAAGCCGCAGUUCGCCUCUCAGGAGGGAGGUGGCAGCACGGACUCCAGCCCUCCAGAUGCAGACAUGGACGGUUCCUCGGGCACUUACUGGCCAAUGAACUCUGACCUGGCCGUUCCAGAGCUGGAUCUUGGCUGGCCAAUGGUCUUUGGGUUCCGGGGAACGGAAGUGACUACUUUGGUUCAGCCUCCACCCCCGGAUAAUCCCAGCAUCAAGGAGGAGGCGCGCCGGAUGAUCCGAGCUGCCCAGCAGGUGGUUGCUAUCGUCAUGGAUGUUUUCACCGAUGUGGACCUCUUGAGUGAGGUACUGGAUGCGGCUGCACGCAGAGUUCCCGUGUAUAUCCUGCUCGACGAGAUGCACGCCCAGCUCUUCCUGGACAUGGCUGCCAAAUGCAGAGUGAACCUCAACUUUGUGGAAUUCCUACGCGUGCGGACAGUUUCUGGCCCCACCUACUAUUGCCGCACGGGGAUGUCAUUCAAGGGUCACGUGAAGGAGAAGUUCUUGCUGGUGGACUGCAUGGUGGUGCUGAGUGGCAGCUAUAGCUUCAUGUGGUCAUUUGAGAAGAUCCACCGGAGCAUCGCUCAUAUCUUCCAGGGUGAGCUUGUGGCCAGCUUCGACGAGGAAUUCCGCAUUCUUUUUGCCCAGUCAGACCCGCUGGUUCCUCCGUCCAACAUUUUAGUGAGGACCGAGGCUCCGGUGGGGCCCUACAGCAUGGCCUCCUUUGCCAACAACAUGCCCUUCUUUUCAAAGAAGCCUCCCCUGCUUUUCCCCCGAGAGGACAACCUUUUCUCACCUUUUAUGGAUCGGAUUGACCCAGACAGGUAUUUCCUGUCUUCUUUUAGGAAAGACGACAUGCUGCGUCAUACUUUAGAGGGCUCGGCCAUGCGAAUGUACUCCAAAAAAAUGGAAAUGGAGAACUGCCAGGCGGACCCUGUCCGGGGCUACCUCCGUUCCAAGCAGCUGGAAAUGGACUCCUUUAAAAGACACAGCUUUGCCGAAGGCACCUUUGAGAAUUUUCAGUCCACAAAGCAGUUUUCUAAGCAGUUGUACAUGAACAACUUGGACGAAUUUAAAAUUCAGUCCAGUCAUUUUCAAAAAGAUCAGUUUUAUCAAUAUCAAUUUGAACAUCCCCAUGGAGCUAACAGGCCCCAGGGGCUUUUUGAAAGAAUCCGGGGAGGCAGAGCAGGAUUCAAUGAACCAGAAGAUUAUGCAGAUGGAUUUAGGUGUCCAGAACUGGAAUCCAAUUUCCCCCAAGAUGGGUAUCCAUUGAGGCUGGAUUAUGUGCCUUCCAAUUCUUCUAAAGAAGUGCGACACGGCUCUGAUCACCUGAAUCCAGGAGGGAACGAUCUCCUCGGUCUUCCGUCUCUAAGAAGGCAAAACAUGGGGCAGAAGUUUAUGUGCCAGACGUCGCCCACACAGAAGCAGAGCAUUGAACAGAGGCUUUUUCUGCACGACCAAGGCCAAGACGUAGAGCAAGACAAGAAGGUUCAGGAGAACAGGGCAGGGUUACGCAACUGGAGAAUUUCCUCCUACCUUAGCGGGUGUCAGUCUGACCCGGGAGAGGAAGGCCUUCCGAUGCCCAUGGAGUCGGAGACGCAUAACGAGGUACUUUGUCCUCCAGAACCCCUUACUAGAUAUCCCAGCGACCUCCUCACCACUUUCAAACCUCCGCUUCCAAAUGCCAAAGACAUUUCUGGAACCGAGAGAUUGCCAGAAGAAACCUCGGUGGUGAAACAGGAUCCCUUCCGGAGCAGGAUAAAUCCCUUGAUCCAGAGGAGUUCGCGACUUCGAUCUUCUCUUAUUUUUAGUGCUGCCAAAUUAGACCAGCAAAACUCAUCCGCUGAGAAAGUCCAAAUGGUGCAAAAAGAGCAGACCUCCACCGAAAUGACCAGGGACGCUGAAACCAUUAAAGCCACCUCUGUCUCUAAAGUGGCCGAGUUGCUGGAAAAGUACAACUCGGUGGGGAAAGACUCACAAAGCGCCACCCUCAGCCACACCAAGGCUAUGUCUGCGUUUCUCCAGGAAGAAUCCCAGAACGCAGAAAAAAAGUGCACAAAGUCAGUGCAGUACAAGAUUCUGGAGAGCCGGAUGCUGGACUCCAAGGACUCCUUCAGCCCUUACAAGCUGCACCUGGAGUCGGAGGAGCAGUUUGGAGGGUCUGCCUCAGCGAACGACGUGCUUAGCAAGGACCCCACGGUCCACGGGAGCAAUAUGACGGACAAGCUUGCUUCUCGGUUCUACCCAACAGACCCACCCAGUCUUCCAGAGAAAGAGAGCCUAAUAUUUGUGGGAGAAACUCAGAAACUUGCCGUGGCAGACAGGAAGGAAAACGUCUCUUUCAAAGGAGGAGACGGACCUGAAAGCGAAGACCACAAGCCAGCACAGGCCCCGCUCGGCACCGUCUCCUCCAAGGGCUCUGACAGCUCUCUCAGUAAGCCCGAGGAAGAAAGUUGCAAGCAGGAACAGAGCCCAAGGGAGUUUUUUAGGAAGGGGUCUCUCAAGCUAAAGCAGUUGCUAAAUCCCAAAGCUGAGAAAAAAACAGAGGAAGAAGCAGGCCUGGAGAGCUGGAAGCCCGAUAAGUUGAGCACAGGAGCCCUCAAGCGAAUGUCCCGGAGCGACUCUCAGGAGAUCAUAGAAGAGGAGAAAACUCCCAAACUGGCUGCACCGGUGCCCGUCGUCAGGGCGAACCCAGCACCUCAACCUCGGCUGCCCCCCUCCACGGCCAACGUCCUCUACAGCAGCAACCUCCGAGACGACACGAAAGUCAUUCUGGAGCAGAUUUCGGCCAACAGCCAGAAGAACCGGGCAGAGCUGGCCAGGCAGCUUCCAGCGGCUAGUAAUCCUGACCUGUCCAGGUCCGCCACAAGUUUAGAGCGCAAAGGGGACGAGAGGAACACGGGGAUUGGCAGAUCAGAAAGCUUUGGGAGCCAUAAGCGGGGCUCGCAGAGGGAGCCUUCGGAGGACCGGGAUUCUCUUCUGAAGAGGAUGGAGAGCAUGAGGAAGGAGAAGCGUGUCUACAGCCGCUUUGAGGUUUUCUGCAAGAAGGAGGAGCAAAGCGAGGAGGAAUGCGAGACGGAUGCCAAAGACAAGAAGAUGGGGAAGUUCAUGCCAAAACUCCUGGGCUCCUUCAAAACCAAAAAGUGACUGAGGAGGCUUCUAGGGAUGGCCCUGCCUGAGACCAAGGUCAAAGAAGGUACGACAAAUUCAUUGAGGAUCUCAACUCAUUGAGAACUUAUCCAGAUGCUGUACUACCUCUAUGAGCAAAACCACUUGCUCCCAUAGCCAGCCAUUGAAGGCCAAGCUCUAGAUCUUCCUGGAAAUGCUGUUCAGCAGUGGAACCACUUGCCCAGAUCUCCCCCUUCCUGGAGGCUUCCAAAUGGGGCUGGUUGGCCACCUCUCUGGAAUGAUUUGGAGGGUUUCUUCCUAAGGUCUCUCAAUGCACGCAUUCUGUGACCUUUUGUCGGACUUUCCAAAAACAUCAGUUGACUUUCAUGGACAGGAUGCUGGACCUUUGGUGCAACCUAUUUCAGGGCUCCUUGGGUAGUCUCAGGAGUCUAGUGCUUAUUAUUAGUUGGGAUUCUUCAGGUAACUUAGACUAAAUUACCACUUUAUAAGUACUUUAUAAGUACUUAGAGAAAAUGAAGGGUUUUGGCCAAGGGGCUGACACCCGAAGACAAGUUACCCGAAGACUUCCCUUGCUCAGGCCAUUGUUUCAAGAGCCAGCCUUCUUCCUCCUGAUUAUGUUCAAUUGGGCAGUACUUAAAUCUUUGAAAAAGGGCCGGCAGAAUUGUUCUAAAAGUAUUUGGGAAGAAAAGAGAGCUCAUUGGGGACGGGGACAAAUGGGUUUAUCAGUUGUCCAGAGGGCUGAUAAUUCUGCUUAAAGCAGUUAUAAAUUCUGUGACUGGAAUAAACUAUGCAAAUGUACAUAUA